CAAGUCCUCUGCCAAUCCUAACCUCGAGGGGUUAACCAUGAGUUCAAACGCGCAGGUCUCGAAUAAGAGGCCGUACGAUGAGUCGAAUGCUGUGAAUGACUCUCCGAAAGGAGGGCCUGCCGACGCCGAGGAAGAUGAAUCUUCGGACGAUGACAUGGGGCCCCAAUUGCCCUCGGCGGCACCUAAGAAGAAGAGACGGGUUCUCCCCUAUGAAAAGCUCUACGUCGCUGCGCUGCCAACGUCAGCACGGUACUCGAAGUCCCUCAUGCACAAGGAGCAGGUAGCCUUCGUUACGAUGACACCACUCACCGAUUUCCUGAUCACCAGCUCCAUCGACGGCUACGUUAAGUUCUGGAAGAAAGGCAAUGAAGGCGUUGAGUUUGUGAAAGAGUUUCGCGCGCACAAUGGCGAGAUUAAAAGCGUGUCAGUAAGCGCAGAUGGCAGGAGUUUCGCAACAGCUGGCGCGGACAAGACCAUUAAAAUAUUCGAUGUCAUCACAUUCGAUCUAUUGACUAUGCUCUCUGUGGAGUUUACGCCAAAAUGUGUCUGCUGGGUCCAUCAGCGCGGCGCCUCGUUACCUCUGCUAGCCGUAUCAGACGAGGUUAACCACUCCAUACGAAUAUACGACGGAAGGGGCGACAACCUGGAGCCGAUCCAUACGCUCAAAGGGCUUCAUAAAAGCGUUAUUUUACUAAUGGCAUUUAACAAUGUUUACAACUGCGUUGUAUCGGCAGAUGAGAGUGGCAUGCUCGAGUACUGGAGACCCGGCGGCAACUAUGAGAAGCCUGACAACGUCUUCGAAUACAAGAGCUCCACGGACCUCUUUGAAUUUAAGAAAUCAAAGUCUGUACCGGCUUCCAUUACAGUCUCUCCCAUCGGUUCACAAUUUGCAACAAUGUCAUUUCCGGACCGCAAGAUUCGAGUUUUCGAUUUUCCGACGGGAAAGCUACACCGAACGUAUGAUGAAUCGAUACAGACUAUCGAAGAGAUGCAGCAAGCCGGUACUGCCUUGCAAAAACUAGAAGAUGUCGAGUUCAACCGGAGGCUUGCUACAGAAAGAGAGAUCAAUACUCCGUUAUUAAGAAACAAGGUCAACGUGGUCUUUGAUGAGAGCGGCCAUUUCAUACUGUACGGGUCGAUACUUGGCACCAAGGUCAUCAAUACCUACACGAAUCGCGUGGUCAAGGUAUAUGGCCAGGAUGAGAACUUUAGAGCGUUGAACCUGGCAACGUACCAAGGACAACCCCAGAAGAAAGGCGUUACUACCAUCGCGAUGGCCGCUUCCAACAAUCCGCUGCUGCAAGAAUCAGAAGUUCGGGAUCCCAUACUCAUCGAGACCGGCGUCGGGAAGCAGAGGUUCUACAUGUUUAGCAAUGACGAAGAGAUAUCCAAAUCUGAACGAGAUGUUCAGAAUGAGAAGCCAACAAAUCUCAAUGCGCUGAAGGCAGUCGAAAAGAAAGUGGCAGAGACCGGAACGAGUGCGGUUAUUCAUACUACAUAUGGCGAUAUCCACGUGCGACUCUUCCCAGACGCCGCACCUAAAGCUGUGGAGAACUUCGUUACACAUUCAAAGCGCGGCUACUACAACAACACUAUCUUCCACAGAGUCAUACGCCGCUUCAUGAUCCAGUGCGGAGAUCCACUUGGUGAUGGAACCGGGGGUGAGAGUAUCUGGGGAAAGGAAUUCGAGGACGAGUUCAGCACUUUGAGGCAUGACAAGCCCUAUACCUUGAGCAUGGCAAAUGCUGGGCCCAAUACAAACGGAAGCCAGUUCUUCAUCACGACUGAAAAGACUCCAUGGUUAGAUAACAAGCACACGAUUUUUGGGAGAGCUAUCCAGGGCUUGGAUGUUAUUCACAAGAUCGAAAACACAAAAGUGCACAAAGAAAAGCCCGAGGAGGACAUCAAGAUUAUUAACAUCUCGAUAACAUAGGCAUUCCUACGAGGACGCGUAGAACUGUAGCCUUCGUAAA